AUAGUGCGUCAUUUUUGAAGUACUUUUCAAACAAACAAUGACGGAACGGAUCAUUCCUUCCCCCAAUACUUUGGUUAAGUACAACAAUCCCGUAUUAGUAACAAGACGGGAACGUAAAACCACUGAACCAAUUGCAGGACCAUCUGGCGAUGAGUCGCCAAGGAAGUUGCAACUGACUGAAGAAGAGGAGAUAUUAAAUACCAUAUUACCUCCGAAAGAAUGGGAAGAGGACGGUCAAUUAUGGAGACAGGAAGUGUCCACUGUUCCGGCCACAAGACUGGAUGUGAUAAAUUUGCAGGAACAGUUGGAUAUGAGACUCCAACAAAGACAGGCCAGAGAAACAGGUAUUUGCCCAAUAAGACGUGAACUUUACACCCAAUGUUUUGACGAAAUAAUUCGCCAAGUAACCAUAAACUGUGCAGAACGGGGUCUACUACUUCUACGUGUCCGCGACGAAAUGCGAAUGACCAUAGAAGCGUACCAAGCGUUGUAUUGCAGCAGCGUAGCCUUUGGCAUGAGGAAAGCCCUGCAAGCUGAACAGGGGAAGUCUGAUCUGUUCCAAGACGUUGAGAUUUUAAAAGCGGAAAAAUUGGAGUUGGAACAUCAGAUAAUUGAGCUCAAACAAAAAGCUGAACAGGCCGAAAGGCGGGCUGCUGAAACGAGGUUAGCCGAGGAAAGGAAACAUACUGAAGAAAUUGCUUUCUUAAAGAAGACUAAUCUACAAUUGAAGACUCAACUGGAAGGAAUUAUUGCGCCCAAAAAAUAAUUGUAGGAAUAUAGGAAUAAAAAGGCUGGUAUAAAACUUCAUCAUAUAUUAAAAUUUAAGUCACUCUCCAAAGCACUUUUGUAAUAUUGUCUAUUAUUGCAAAAUAUAGUCUUGUAUAACCACCA